GGACGAAGGAAAAUGCGCACAUUGAUUGGUGCUCUCCCACACACCUCCAAGGUCUCGCAACCGCUCGUCAUCUGCUUGUGUUCGAACGACAACGCAUUCGUUAUCAAAGACACAGCGUGUUGAUUUCUGUCACUUCCAGCUGACUAACUUCAGACAUAAUAGUCCGAGUAUAUACUGUAACUGCUGAUUUACUCCACCUGCCGAGAUGUUGAGCAGACUUGGGCGCCCAGCUUCACAGCUGUCUCAGAUGCUUGUCAAGGGGUCAAGGUCACUCACACAGGUUUCUCCAGCUAUUGACAAGGAGAUCAAAAUUGGUCCAAAGUCACAAGCCAUAUUUGAGAGAGAGGCAAAAUAUGGUGCCCAUAACUACGGUCCACUUCCUGUUGCCUUCAGCAGAGGAGAAGGUGUGUUUGUGUGGGAUGUAGAGGGCAACAAAUACUAUGACUUCCUAAGAGCGUACAGUGCUGUGAACCAGGGCCACUGUCACCCCAAGAUCGUCAAGGCCCUGAAGGAUCAGGCGGACAUCUUGACUCUGUCAUCAAGGGCCUUCUACAACGACUGCCUGGGAGAGUACGAAGAGUUCAUCACCAAACUCUUCAAGUAUGAUAAAGUCCUCCCCAUGAACACAGGUGUGGAAGGUGGGGAGACAGCCUGUAAACUAGCCAGGAAGUGGGCGUACCUGGUCAAGGGGGUCCCGAACAACCAGGCCAGGAUCAUCUUCGCUGCAGGCAACUUCUGGGGACGGACACUCGCUGCUGUUUCCAGCUCUACCGACCCCGACUGCUACAACGGCUACGGCCCCUACAUGCCUGGCCUCUCCAUCGUCAACUAUGAUGAUAUUUCAGCUCUGGAGAAAGAGCUGCAGGACCCCAACGUGUGUGCCUUCAUGAUGGAGCCCAUUCAGGGUGAGGCGGGUGUGGUCGUGCCCCAGGAGGGGUACCUGAGGAAGGUGCGGGAACUGUGUACCAAGUACAACGUGCUGUGGAUAGCUGAUGAGGUGCAGACCGGACUGGCCAGGACUGGAAAGCGUCUCGCCGUAGACCACGAGAAUGUCCGCCCUGAUAUUGUCAUCCUUGGUAAGGCUCUGUCAGGAGGUGUUUUACCGGUAUCUGCUAUCCUUGCCGAUGAUGAGGUGAUGCUGACGAUCAAACCAGGGGAGCAUGGCUCCACAUUUGGCGGCAACCCCCUUGCGUGUAAAGUUGCAAUUGCAGCAUUAGAGGUUCUGGAGGAGGAGAAGCUGGCUGACAAUGCCGAGAAGCUGGGGAAAAUCCUGAGAUCGGAGCUGAGCACACUGCCUAAAGAUGUCGUCAGCAUCGUGAGAGGGAAGGGUCUACUGAAUGCAAUCGUUAUCAACAAGAAAUGGGACGCCUGGAAUGUCUGCGUGAAGCUUCGUGAUAAUGGCCUCCUUGCCAAGCCUACACAUGGUGACAUCAUCCGCUUCUCCCCGCCAUUGACAAUCACUGAACCUCAGAUAUAUGAAUGUAUUGAUAUCAUCAAGAGAACAGUCCAGUCAUUCAACUAAACAGUUUCCAGGUCAAUUUUAAGUUGAUUAUCAAUUCCUUCAUAUUAUUCAAUACAAAUUGCACACAGUUGACUCAGCCUCUGCUUUUAGGAUGCUGGACCCCGUUCCACACAGCAAUCUUAGCGCAAUGACUAUAACAAGCCUAUGUUAAUGUUUGGGAGUGAUGAUCACCUUUAUAUAAUAUAAUAUAAGGGGGCUGUGGGGUAGCCUAGUGGUUAAAGCAUUCGCUCGUCACACUGAAGACCCGGGUUCGAUUCCCCACAUGGGUACAAUGUGUGAAGCCCAUUUCUGGUGUCCCCUGUCAUGAUCUUGCUGGAAUAUUGCUAAAAGUGGCGUAAAACUAAACUCACUCACUCACUCACUAUGAUCAGAUUUGCGCUAAGAUAACUUUGCACAAUGGGGCCUGGUUGUGUAGACGGUGCAGGCAAGUAAACGUUUCAUGUUUGGUUAUGGUGUUUAUAUUUUCAUUGGCUUUACAGAAAAUAUGAAUAUAACUGAAUAUGCCUAACUGCUAUAAGUAUAUUAAAAUAUGUUACCAGCUUGAAGGAUAUCAAUAAAUGAAAUUCUCUUAAAUAAUGUCAGUAAGUGAUCAAUUGCAGAAAUUUUCAGACAUCACUUUUGUAAUUAAUGCAUUCACAUUUACAAUAGGGUAUAAGUUGAAUUUAUGACUAUUUCGAAAAAUAAUAUACCGGUAGUUAUUAUUACAUCAAACAGUAUUUAGCGUAUGUCUCUAAUUCUCAAGCAGAGCUGUCUACUGUGAAAUUGCAGAGUGUCUGUGGAUAGCGUCAGUAUUCAAGUGUUUGGAGUUUUUCUGAAGUGUCAAUGCAGUGUUAAAUUGAGUGUUAAUAGCAUGGUUUGGUGGGUGAUAAGAGGUGUUGGUAUUAGGAGAAUGAUGUUUAAGUGUCUUGGUGAAUUCUAUUUUUUAAACUAGAUUUGACUAAUUAACAUAGACAUUUGAUUUUUUCGUCAGUUUUAAGAAACUUGCUGUCAUUCCAGUUGAGACAGAUAGGACUGUUUUGUGAUAGGAGCCUGCAUAUCAGCUGCACAUAUCAGUAGGACAACAUUGUUAGAAAAGUGUAUUUUCUUUGUUUGUUGAUAGAAUAUCCUCAUCCUCAUCCAUUUAAGGAGCCACUUUCACUCAUUGCAUGUCACUCAUAUAUCUGUUACAUGGAGAAAUGUUUAAUUUGGGGUAAUAAUUCUUUUCUUUUUGAAACAAAGUGCUGUUUUGUUUUUUAAUGUUGUAAUUACAAGCCAACUUUUAUGUAAUUUUUAGCAGGGUAAAAUAUUUUGAAGUCUUUUUGCUGGAGAAUACCGGUAUGGUGUGUUGAGUUCCGUGGUAUGUAAUAGGAUACAUAAAGGGACUACAACUAGUUAGCCCAGGGCUGGUGGGGUAGCCUAGUGGUUAAAAUGUUCACUCGUCAUGCCAAAGACCCAGGUUUGAUUCCCCACAUGGGUACAAUGUGUGGAGCUCAUUUCUGGUGUCCCCCACGGUGAUAUUGCUGAAAUAUUGCUAAUAGUGGCGUAAAAUUUCACUCACUCUUGUCUAAAUGUGUUUUUACACCAAACAUAACCUCCUGUUGGGUAUCAUCUUAAUGAUGUGGUAUUAGCAAUGUUCGCUCUCAGGUCUUGGGUUAUUUCUUCCAUCAUUUCUUAAAAAAGAGUCUUGCUGCCAAAUGACACAAUAAAACAUGCCUGUAUGGAUUUGUGUUUUGCAAAGUUUUCUUGUGAAUAUUGAAAAUGAAUAUAUACUGUAAAAAUGACUUUUCUAUAUUUGAACAAUAAAUUCUGUCCUGUGGAAUGAAUGGAAGCUCAAAUCUUGAAAUCCAUCUGUGUCUCUCCACUCUUUUCCGCUGUUUUUCCCCAACAUGUUGUGCCAUAUUGUAAGUUACGGAUGUUGCUUUAUGUAUGACUUAUAUCAUAUUGUUUUCUUGUUGAUGUAUGUUUCCUCUUAAGGUCAGAACAAUUUUUCUCUGUGUUUUCACACAUAAAUCUGUCUCAAAUUUUUCAAAAUUUGAAGAAACAA